GGGUGGGCAAAAGUGGUAUUUUGGGUUUCUUUUCCCGCUAGCUAACGCUCCUCCUUAUCUUCUCCCUCCCUCCCUCCCUCCAGCGUAGCGUAGCGUAAGAAGAGAUGAUUUCUCAAACAUCAAAUUACCACCGUUUUCAACCGCAUCCGCAUAUCAAUCUCCACUGUUUGCGUCGCCAAUUCCUCCUAAAAUCUUCAGCAAAUGUUGAAGAAGAGACAGAGACACUUGAUUUGAAUUUGAAGCACAAGGUGGAGAAGAUUGGGAUAAACUUUGAUUCCUCUACUCCCGGACAAUACACUCAUCAAAUUUGUCCGCUGUGCAAAGGUGGGCAGUCCAAGGAGAGAAGUCUAUCAUUCCAUGUAAACCAAAAUGAGAAAGUUGCAAUAUGGAGAUGCUUUAAUUUUGAAUGUGGAUGGGCUGGUCAUGUUUUAGCAGAUGGAGUCAACAAAGUUAAGUUUUCUAAAAAGUUGGGUGAAAAGACUUUGCGGUUAGAGCCAUUAGGUGAUGAGCUGAUUAAUUACUUUGCUGAGCGAAUGAUUUCGGCAGAAAUAUUGCAGAAAAAUGCUGUUAUGCAAAUGGUGGAUGAUAAGAAUGUGAUAGCUUUUACAUAUAGAUGGAAAGGAGAGAUUGUCAACUGUAAGUUUCGCAGCAUAACAACCAGAAAGUUUUGGCAGGCGAAACAUGGAAAAAGGAUAUUAUAUGGACUUGAUGGCAUAAAGGAAGGAAAUACCAUUGUGAUAGUCGAAGGGGAAAUUGAUAAGCUGUCAAUGGAUGAGGCUGGAGUAGUGAAUUGUGUUAGUGUUCCUGAUGGUGCACCCCAACAAGUCUCUAAAAAACAGGACACCAGAUUUAAGUAUCUAUCGGACUGCAACGGAUAUCUUGAUAAGGCAUCUAGAAUUAUAUUGGCGACAGAUGGUGAUGGACCUGGUCAAGUCUUGGCUGAAGAACUUUCAUGUCGCCUUGGGAAAGAAAGGUCUGUCAAUUAUUUUACCAAUUUUAAGAAAAAAGAACACGAAGGUCUAGAGGUGGAGGAAGUUUUGACCCGUUUACUCAUGUUGGCUUGUAACAUGGCCUAAGAAAGAUGAGGGCACCCAUUGCAAGGAUGCAAAUGAGGUUCUUGUGCAUUUAGGUCCGGAAGCAUUGAGGCACGUUGUUGAAACUGCUGAGUUAUAUCAGGUAAAGAAUUCGCCUUGAAAGAUGAAGCAAAGGUGCAUGAUUUAGGUCCGGAAGCAUUGAGGCAUGUAUGUUGUUGAAACUGCUGAGUUUCACCAUUGCUAUGCAACUUAAAAUUCGAUUAUAUAUGAAAGAUGAAGCAAAAGUGCAUGUUGGAUUAGUUUGAUGCUAUUUUCUUAUGUAACGCAAAUGAUGUUUUAGUGUUGGCUCUCUGAAAAAACAAACAGUGUUUUUUGGAUA